UUUUUUAUACCCAUCAUCUUCGCCGCCCAACGGAUUUUGUUUUGGUUCACAAAAUUAUAAAACCCUAGGGUUUCUCUCUCUUCCCCAAAGUAAAGAUCGAAGUUUUGUCACCAUGCCGCAAGGAGAUUACAUAGAGCUACACAGAAAGAGGCAUGGUUAUCGCCCUGACUUCUUCGAGAGGAAGCGCAAGAAGGAAGCUCGUCAAGUUCACGAGCAUUCCGCUAAGGCUCAAAAGGCCCUUGGUAUUAAGGGUAAGAUGAUUGCCAAGAAAAAUUAUGCUGAGAAGGCCCUCAUGAAAAAAACAUUGGCUAUGCAUGAAGAAUCAUCAACUAGGCGCAAGGUUGAUGAUGAAGUUCAAGAUGGAGCUAUUCCUGCCUAUCUUAUGGAUCGUGAAAACACCACACGUGCAAAGGUUCUCAGCAACACCAUAAAGCAAAAGAGGAAAGAGAAAGCUGGGAAAUGGGAGGUCCCUAUACCAAAGGUCAGGCCUGUUGCAGAAGAUGAGAUGUUUAAGGUGAUCAGAUCUGGUAAAAGAAAAACAAAGCAAUGGAAGAGAAUGGUUACAAAGUGCACAUUUGUAGGACCUGGUUUUACAAGAAAACCUCCAAAAUAUGAGCGUUUCAUCCGUCCAUCGGGAUUGCGAUUUACCAAAGCUCAUGUUACACACCCUGAACUCAAGUGCACCUUCAAUCUUGACAUUAUUGGGGUGAAGAAAAAUCCCAAUGGUCCAAUGUAUACCUCUCUUGGUGUUAUGACCAAAGGAACUAUCAUUGAGGUGAAUGUAAGUGAAUUGGGUCUGGUCACACCAGCUGGGAAAGUUGUUUGGGGAAAAUAUGCUCAAGUGACAAAUAACCCAGAGAAUGAUGGUUGUAUAAAUGCGGUUUUGCUUGUGUAAGAGGUUUACUGAAGACAUGGCAAAUGUGAUCAUUCAAUAAAACAUCAAGAGUUCUACCCCCAUUUAUUUGAGUCGCAUCAUCUGGAACAUUAUAUUUUCAUCUUUAUGCUAUGUUAAAUCUGCUAACUUUCCCUUUUCUUUUUUCUUCAAUUUCAGUGUUAAAUGUAUCUUAGAUAUUCAAAUGUUUAAGACCCAAAAUUUUGGUUUCUAUAUUUAUUAA